AUGCACCAGCAUAUUUAUGGGCCCAUAUCAGGAGCAGACACCUCACGGUCACAGUUCAAGGGGGAGAGACCUCAGACGGUUGCAGCGGACAGAAUAGACGCCUUGCAGACCGGUUCCGCAAGGACCAUGCGCGCUGGCAAGAUAGAAUGGAAUCUGCGAGAAACGAAGGACCUGAGCCAGAAGAAAGCCCCCCGAGAGUCCUGCAAAGCGAAAGAGAAGGAAGAGAAGGCCAAAGGAUGUGGCGGGUGA